CUCGCGUCCAAACGUUGCUGUGGAGUGAAGCUCCUCCGGUACUCUGAGCUAUCUUUGGUGCGGCAGCGCGCAGCACGGUCGGUGCGAAAGGGCGCACAAGUGUAGUCAGCCAGCGACCCAGGAGACAUGUCGGAAAGUGGGAGCCAGGAAGCUGUCGCGGCCGCGAACGGCAGCGGCAGCCCGACGAAACGUGCUCUCAGACCGGCCGUCGGCAACAAAGUGACCGUGGUGCUCGGGGCUCAGUGGGGCGACGAGGGGAAGGGGAAAGUUGUGGAUCUGCUCGCACAAGACGCGGAUAUGGUGUGCAGAUGUCAGGGCGGAAACAACGCAGGACACACAGUGGUGGUCGACUCGGUGGAGUAUGACUUUCACCUCCUCCCCAGCGGCAUCAUCAACCCCAAGGCCACCGCCUUCAUCGGCAACGGUGUAGUCAUCCACCUGCCUGGCCUGUUUGAGGAGGCAGAGAAGAAUGAACGUAAAGGAAAAGGUCUAAAGGAAUGGGAGAAAAGGUUGAUCAUCUCAGACAGAGCACAUAUUGUGUUUGACUUCCACCAAGCGGUCGAUGGCGUUCAGGAACAGCUGAGACAAGAGCAAGCGGGCAAGAACCUCGGGACAACGAAGAAGGGGAUUGGUCCAGUGUACUCAGCCAAGGCAGCACGCAGCGGUCUCAGGAUAUGUGACCUGUUGGCUGACUUCACUCAGUUCUCUGAAAGGUUUAAAGUUCUGGCCCAGCAGUACAAGGCCAUGUACCCGACUCUGGAGAUUGACAUCGAGGGAGAACUUGUCAAAUUAAAGGACUAUGUGGAGAGGAUCAAGCCCAUGGUGAGAGACGGGGUGCACUACAUGUACGAGGCUCUUCACGGCCCCCCCAAGAAGAUCCUGGUGGAAGGAGCCAACGCAGCGCUGCUGGACAUCGACUUCGGGACGUACCCGUUUGUGACAUCGUCCAACUGCACGGUGGGCGGGGUAUGUACGGGCCUCGGGAUGCCACCUCAGAACGUCGGGGAGGUUUACGGGGUCGUCAAGGCGUACACCACCAGAGUCGGCAUCGGAGCUUUCCCCUCAGAGCAGAACAACGAGAUCGGAGAGCUGCUUCAGACUCGAGGGAAGGAGUGGGGCGUGACCACAGGCAGGAAGAGGCGAUGUGGUUGGCUGGAUCUGGUGCUGAUCAAAUAUGCACACAUGAUCAACGGCUUCACUGCGUUAGCACUCACCAAACUGGACAUACUUGACGUGCUUGCAGAGAUCAAAGUGGGCGUAGCGUACAAAGUCAACGACCAAGUUAUACCUCACUUUCCAGCCAAUCAGGAGGUGUUGCAGCACGUGGAGGUCCAGUAUGAGACGCUGCCGGGCUGGAACAGCGACACGUCGGCUGUGAGAAGCUUCGAGGAGCUGCCCGAGAACGCCCAGAAAUAUGUGCGCUUCAUUGAGGAGCAUGUGGGAGUGCCUGUCAAGUGGAUCGGAGUGGGCAAGUCUCGGGAGUCCAUGAUCCAGCUGUUCUAGACAAAGGGAGCGAGAAACACAAGCAAAGAGGAUGCACAGCAGCAAAUCAACUCUACCCUUCUUCCUCCCGCCCCUCACACACACAGCCUACCUACCUGUCUCAACUCUCCGACAGAGGCAUGGCCAUCAUGUCUGUUCUUAAUGCUUUAUAUCAUCAGACUGUCCCACGUUACAGACUGAACCUCUCUGGAUCAGACUCCCAUCAGACUGACCUCCCUGUGCGAUUGUUUCCCAGCGUCUCCAUCUGGGUUUUUAAAACUUUUACGAUAACGGAUCCACGGUUAAGUCCCUCUUUUAAUUUGUCCCCGUUUAUAUCAUACCCAUUUACUCCAGACAUGCAACACACUCGGCAACACCAGCCGCCGUCAGGUCUGAGGGGACAUGAGGGAACGGACUCAACACACACACACACGGGAUCACUCCCUGGAGGAACUGUACACAGAUGUUUGGUCGGUCAAACUUUUGUUCACGUGUAUCUUUGUUAAUUUAUGCCGUGGUUUAAAUGCACUGUGCCAGUCUGGUGUCAAUCAGUUUUAGCCUCUGCACUUUAGAUGCUUUGGACUACAUCUGCUCUAUGUUUUAUUCUGCCAGGUGUACAACACAUCCUGACACCAUAAAGGGAUCCUCUCAUAUUUUUAAUGUGUCUCUCUAUGUUUGUUUUUCUGUCAUCAGAUGGAUGUUUGGAGUUUUCAUAUCGCCAUGUCAUUCAGCCAAAAAAAAAAAACAGGUUUUAAAUUUCUUGUAGCGAGCGACCGCUUCCACUGAACGCUGUUGAUGAAAUGUUGACGCACAUCAGCUUGAACUGUUUUUGAUUUUAUUAGGUGAGUUAUUCAUGGAGCAGUACAGAGAUGUAAGUGAUGUCUCUUUUUUUAAAGUGGAAAUCGAUGCAGUUGGCCGCCAUCUUUCUACCCACGUUCUUGUGAUUGUCUUACUAUCAUCGACUUCUUUGCACUUUCAGCACAAUGCUCUGUUAAAGUGUUGAAGGCAACGGUAACAACCUUUACACACAAAAACACUGUAAAUAUGGAUGAAUACUGUACCAGACAGUUGUUUAGCUUCUUUUUUUUCAUAACACAUGUCUUUAAAACCGGAAAAGAAGUCUUUGGUUGCAUUUUGACUUCAUAAUAAAAAAGCUGAUACUCUUCA